GUAUAUUUGGUACAAAAGAAACAGAGGCCUCCUUUACUUUACUCGGUCUCUGUUUUCUCUCACUUUUCUUGCAAGUUCUCAGAAGCCAAACAGCGCUCGCUUGCCAGAUAACAAUGGUGUGUGAAAAGUGUGAGAAGAAGUUGACGAAGGUGAUAGUCCCGGACAAGUGGAAGGCCGGAGCCAGCAACACCACCGAAGGCGGUGGCCGCAAGAUCAACGAGAACAAACUCCUCUCCAAGAAAAACAGAUGGACUCCAUAUGGAAAUACCAAGUGCACAAUCUGCAAGCAGCAAGUACACCAAGAGGCUAAGUACUGUCACACCUGUGCUUACUCGAAAGGGGUAUGUGCGAUGUGCGGUAAGCAAGUCCUUGAUACCAAAUUUUACAAACAAAGCAAUGUAUGAUAUGGAGAAGAUGGAUGUGUUCUACUUGCUAUUGCAUUUCUUACUAAUCUCAUUACUCAUAACUAGCACUACUGUAAAAAUAUUUUGCAGUCUAUGUUGAAUGAGAGCCCACAGAUUUUAUUGAGACAAGUAUUAACAAUCAUGUUCUGUGUUUGUGUGCUUAGUAGCCUAGUAGGUUCCUUUGUGAUCAAUGAAAUUGGCUAGUCAUGGCUCAAUGCAGUUUCCCUCAUUUGUCUUUGA